GUAGUAGACACAAAUCAAUCAUGAAAAGUGUAAUAUUGUUUGUUGUCCUUUCUGUAGGAUCCUCUUUAGCAAAUGUUGUAAAAAUUGAUCCAAAAAUUGAUUGGCGCGUUGUCGGUGGCUCAACAGCUUCUCCUGGUCAAUUCCCUUUUAUAAUUUCUUUGAGAACAGAGUCAAAUUCCCAUACUUGUGGGGGUUCAUUGAUUGCCAACAAUUGGGUCGUUACUGCCGCUCAUUGUGUUCACAAUGCUCGCCCUUCAUCCCUAAGUGUGGUAGCAGGAACCAAUCAGCUAAAUACAGAAGGGGUUCGUGCCUCACUAUCCGAAAUCAUCGUCCAUCCCGAUUACAACCGGAGCGUGGUAAUCAACGACAUUGCCCUUCUUAAACUAGCAAAUCCCAUUCAAGAAACAGAUUUGGUAAAAAUAGUCAGUUUGGAAAGCGAGGAGAAUGAUGUUGUGCGAAAUUGCACCUUGAUUGGGUGGGGAAGGACUUCUUAUCCCGGAUCAGUUCCCAACGAUUUACAAUUUCUCAAUUUGAAAACUGUUACAUAUGAACAUUGUAAAUCAGUUUGGUCUACUGAAACCAUCGUUCAAUCUGAAAUUUGCACAUUGACACAGACCGGUGAAGGGGCUUGUCAUGGGGAUUCCGGGGGCCCCCUUGUGGAAGAAAUUGGAGAAAGAGUGAAAUUGAUCGGAUUGGUCUCGUGGGGGGCUCCUUGUGCCAGAGGAGUGCCUGAUGUGUACACAAGAGUCUCGGCUUUCCUGCCUUGGAUUAAGCAAAAUACAAACAUCUAAAUAUCGCCAAAGAUAAUGUUCAAUUUAUUUCUCUUUCAUAUUCGUGUUUAUUUAGAAAACAAUAUUAAGAACAAAUACAAAUAUUGCAAAAUGUA